AUGAAGAGGACUCAUAGAGGUAGUACUGAGGUUGCAUCAUCUCGACUUGAUAGAGAUUGUCUCACAGCCUCAACUAGAAGACAUAGAGUGGAGAGGUUAGCCCCUCAAGAAGAGCAACCUCAACAUGGUCUCCUAGACCACUCCGAGGAUACUACAAAGGUUCAGGAUGUAGAGCUACAUUUGACCCAUCUUCCUUAA